ACUUAACCAUGAGCUCUCCCUUCGUAUUGGAACUGUUGACAUGGUGACGUCAGGAAUAACUGUUGUAAACAAGAUGGCAAAGCUUUCGAGUGACGAACUAGCUCUUUUUCCGUUAAAAAAUAUCGAUUCAGUGGUAAAAUUAUUCAAAAUUCAUAUCGAAAAGAACCAUGAACCGAAUUUAGCCAUACUAUCUAUCAUUCUGGGUUACAUUGAAAACACACUGACGUGUUCUCGAGUCGCAGAAUCUAGCGAUUCAGUGCCACAUGUAACUGCAUGUGACAAGGAAGUUCACUGGCAAGAAAAUAAUUCCACUAAAAUACCAGCUGUUGAAUACACAUUUGUUGAAGCUUUAUAUCAGAGAUUUUUAUCUAUAAUAAAAGCUCACGUCGAUGUUGCCUCAUUCGGUAACCCCAAGUAUGCCUCAAGAGAGCUGGUCAAGAGAGUCUCUGAUGUUGUUUGGUGCACACUUAGCAGCAGUUAUUACAAAGACAGAGCUCAUCUACAGUCUAUAUACAGUUAUAUGACAGGAGCUAAGCUUGACAGUUCAGGCACAACCCUAGCCGUGGUAGCAGCAUGUCAAGCUCUUGGGUACAAUGAUGUGCAUUUGGCCCUGUCAGAAGACCACACCUGGGUUGUCUGUGGAGCAAAUCAACAAACCAGCGUUGAAGUCACCUGGCAUGGUAAAGGCAAUGAAGACAAGAGAGGCAUACCAGUCACAUUCAAUGUCUAUGACAAAUCGUGGUUGUACGUCAACGGUCGACCAGUGAUUUGCGACAGAUAUAUGGAGGUGGCCAGCAUGAUCUCAAGCAUGAACCCUGGUAUCAGCGCCAGCACUGACAGCGAAGAGGUGCUUAUAUUGCAGCAGGCGCUGCUCUGGCUCAUGUAUGAUGCCAAUCACAUAGCCAAGUACCCCAUGGCUAUUGCCAAUUUGGGGGACUUGGAAGAGACAGCACCGAGCUUAGGUCGUCCAUCGCCCAUCAGCCUGUACCAGGAAGCCAUCGUCAGCAACGUGACUCACUACAGCAACCACCACGUGUACCCCUACACGUGUCUGGCGGGCUACUGCUACAGGAACGCUCUCUACAAGCAGGCACUGCAGGCAUGGGCCAAGGCUGCAGCUGUCAUCAAACACUAUAACUACUCCCGAGAUGAUGAAGAGAUUUACAAAGAAUUCCUGGACAUCGCAAAUGAACUCAUCCCCCACAUCAUGCGGGUUGUGAGCUCAGGCAUUGAGGCACACUCUAUAUUGAAGGACCCCGAGUGCUUUGCGCUGCUGCUGCAGUUCUACGAUGGCAUCUGCCUGUGGGAGGAGGGCUCAGCAACACCUGUGCUGCACAUCGGCUGGGCCAAGUGCCUGGUCAACACCAUGGCUAAGUUUGACGCAGAGGUCCGCAGCAGACUCAAGAUAACCUGCGGCCACGACGACAGCGGUGAUGAGAAUGGAACUGACGAUGAAGAGCACUGCAAGGGGCGGCGGCAUUCACCUGCUCAUCCUCAGCAGGAUCAGAACGGCAACACUCAGUCUGGCCUCGCUGUGGCGCCUCAUGUGGAGCUCAACUCUGCCAAGAUGCGCGGCCUGCGACAUCUCCUGCUGGCCGACAAACUCAACUCUCAGGCUGUGUCUCUCCAGCUCACUGCUCAGUCCCAGGUUAAAGUGCGACAGAAGCGCUCGAGUGCAGCUGCAACGUCGCAAGGCCCAGCUGAACUUGAGAACUCCAGCAACAGACCGAAGCGAGGAAGACGAGACUAGUUGGAGGUUCUGUGAUACGCCCUGCUGUGCUGUGAGUGCUGUGAUCACGCACCUAGAGUCGUGCUGUGGGUGCAGUGGUUUCGUCCACGCACAUAGUGGCUUCGUCUAGGCCCUCAAUCAGUGGCGGGUCAAUUUCACUAAUGCUGUGCUAAAACAAGAGGUGCAGCGGUGGUGUGAUUGGUACAGAUACAAUAUGGUCACUGGAAAGACGAUGUGAUUGUUAUAGACACGAUGUGAUUGGUGGAGGGACUAUUUUCUCAAUCAACCUUUGAUGUGUUGAGAGCGCCAACCUGACAUGAGCUGCAGAGUUACGACUGUGGUUGGUAGGAAAUGUACUCAUCGGUUCGUUUAGGUUUUGUUGAAAGCGCUGUCGCGUUCUACCUGGACAUAAUUCCGCAACUAGUUUGUUCACAAGAGAUUCUCAACAAAUAUGAGGCAGUUACUAGCAACAAUUCUGAGGUGACGGUAAUCCUUUAGUUACCCUUAAAGUGCCUUUUUUUAUUUUGCUACUUCCGUUUUGUUCAACUUUUUUUACUUCUCCGAGCUUUUUUGAUCAAGAAAUGCGAUAGUUUCGACAAAUGGGAAAGCAGUGACAAUUCUGUUUGAAAUCCAGCAAUUGGGGGGGGAAAUUCUUAUCUGAAAAAUAGUUGUCCGAGUACUGCUGAUAUUCACAUGCCCGUGCCAGAUUGUUUUUUCUCAUCAUCUUUCAUUGACUUCCGAAACACACCACCCUUCUCAAGCCUUUCAUUAUUUCAAUAUUAAUUUAUAAGUCCUUUCUGUAAAUGUUGGAGUUUUAUCCAGGUGAAGAACGGUACAAAUCUACCUAUAACCGACGCAACAGUUCCACACAAUGAACAUUGCUGCGAGAUUUUGAUGCCGUUGCCAUAAUGGCUGCUACCGGUGCCAGUUGUAUCCCGGCGUCGAAUCCCUUGUGUGCGAAACGAUAUUUUGGUCGGAAUCCAUGUAAUCCAGUUUACUUUCAAGUGGGUACUCUUGUUUAAUAUUAGCCCAAUUUAGUAGCGUUUUUUCACAUUCAGACUUUGAAUCUUCCAUUUAUGGAGGAGUGAGCACUCGUAUUUCAUCAACACUAAGUAGCAAUUGUAAUUUUAACGUUUCAGAAAUUCUCAAUUGAUGCUGGUAACGUAACAUGUCCAUCAUGAUCACUAACAUGCCAUCACACUUUGUACUUUAGGUCCUUGAUAUUUUCCAUUUAUUUGCCUCAAACACCUCUUGCUGCUGUUAGCAUUUGUAUGCCUGAACUCUUCUUCAUUUUCAAAUUAAUCUCUUCAUUGUCAUGUCUCCUUUCCUGGCACGCUUUCCUCAUUUUUUUCGCCGUUCAAGUAGACCAGGUUGCAAUUCGAGAACCACUUGAAAAUUAGACCUUCGGCACGAAAUACAUCACGUCUUUAUUUACCGCUUUAGAAAAUACUGUCACUACUAGUAUUCCACCUUGCAUACCCACGCCAUCUGUGCACCAGCAAGGGAACCUGUAACAUCCUUCACAUUCGUUCUAGCUGCAUCAACCUGAAACUGUCGCUCGUAUUCAUGAGCUUUUUUUUGCUCGCUCAUUGUUGACUGCACUGUGCCGCUCGUUCUUGUUUGCGGUAGGAAAUUUUUUGUGAUACAUCGAUUUUGUUAGUACCUUCAUUGCCCAUGUUUUACUCCAAUGAUUUCUCAUUUCUUUCUGUCGAGAAAUUUUCAGUGCUGUGAAUUUUUUGUGCAGUAUCAUAAAAUUAUUACCAUGGUACUGCACCUAUAUCAGUAGCUUUCUACACUAUGUCUUCUGGUAGGGUUCAGCAAUCUCUUAUUUAAAUUUAAAUCAGAUUUUUUAAAAAACUGUUAACUGUCGACUUUUUUAAAAUUUUGUCAGCUUGCCAAUGCUACCAUUCUGUUGCUUGUGAUGAAAAUGUUUGCGUUUGAUUUUUUGAGUUUAUCGACUGUUUUGUGUCGUUCUAUUCUUCCUGUUUUGAUGUUGAUGCCGAUGCAGAACUUUAUGUGGAUGACAGCAUUGCGGGAGUCUCAUCACUAGUUCCUUGUGUUACGCACUUCGUAGUGUCACAUGUUGGUCAUAAUUAUCCGAACACAAGUACUACUACUACCAAGCUCUCGAAUACUUCUAUUGCCACAGCUUCUUUACCAUCAUUGUCAUUCAUCAUAGUUUCAACUCAUCAUUCUUAUUAAUUGGCUCAUAGUAGAAACAAUUACAGCCACUAAAAUUCGUUUGUAUUUGUGCAACAACUACGUGCUGUUCAGAUUAAUACAAUAACUCUUUCACUACCAUAACUCAUUCAUAAAUGAUAUCGGGCAGCCACUCACGUUGGCGUGCCAUGAUUGUAAAAGUGUGUGUGUGUGUCUACCAAAUAUUGAAAUUAGCUCUAGUGUACUGGAACAGAAAGAAGUGUGAUGUAACCUAUAGCUAAGUGUAAGGAAGAUUUUUAUAUACAUAUAUCUAUAAAAUCAUUUACAACUUGUAAACUAAUAUGAUAACAUGUAACGUGCGGUUGUUCUGGUCUCUGUGACUGUGAUGACCAUUAAACUGAUUAGGUAGCAACUUGCGGGGACUUUUUAUGAAAUCUAAGCUUGAUAUGCCCCUGCAAGUUCGUCCCAAUAUUAUAACACGGAUAAUUAUCAACGUGACUUAACUAUACUAAAUUAGUUUGAUAUAAUUUUCCCCGAUGGAAUAUAUAGUGGAACGCGUUCGAUCACAAGGCUUAAUUCUUUUUGAAAUCCCCGUUUUGUUUGAUGAUUCAUGUGCCGACUCGCCGUUCGCGUUCCAUAAAGCCAGACCAGCUACGUAAGAGCUACUUCCUUGGUCUAGGUAAUUUUAACGAAAUUCGUUGUACCCGAAAGCUGAAAGGUCAACGAGAAUCAUGUUUGGUCUCUGUUAGUCUGCUUUACUUUGCGCUUUCAGAAGGGGAAUAGCCUCGCCUUUCUUUAAAACAAAAUUCCUACACCGAUUUGUCGAUCACUAGCCUCAUCCAUUACAGUUUUCGGUAAUUAAGGCAAUGAUUGUUAGGCAAAUCUCUGAUUAAAUUUAAUAUUUCAAAGCUCUAAACCCCCUCGGCUGCUUAUUUUGGACACCUAAUGCCUAUUGAACGAGGUUGCUACGAAGUAUCGCUCUACAUUUACAUGGAACGUUUUAAAUUGCUUCUAAUGGCUCAGUAGGAGAAAAGGUAAAUCUUAUAGGAAAUGGUGUUAAUAUCGUGUUUAUUAUUAAUUAUUUUGUGCCUAUGGUUCAUUGCUCGUAAAUUAGAAUUUUUAACAAAGAAGUUAUCAGUGAUAAGAAGUUGACUGGGGCGCUGGUCCCUUGUUAACGUGACUGAUAUCUAGCCAACUUUCUCUGCUAGUCCAUUGUUGUUGUUUUUUGCUCUAUUUUCUCUGAUGACUGUUUUUAUUUUGAAAUUAUGAUCUAGAUAUUGUGAAUCUUACUGACUUAUACAAUAAAUUCCAUUACUGACUAAUAAAAUGCCAUAGGAAAUAAUUGCGCGUGAAAAAUGAAGGCAAUACUUAUAUAAGCAGUGCUUAUUUUUUCAAAUGGACUUGGAUUGUCUUCAGAUAAAUGUUGUAUAAAUGAAUGCAGUACCUACCGUGAAAAAUUUCCUCGUGGAAUGAUUUAAAUAUUUGUGAAGCAAGGUUAUCCUUAUCCUUGGAACACGCUUAUCCAACGAAGCCAAUUGAGGGUAAAUUCUUGUGGUUUCAUUGUUAACUUUCAAACUUCCUCUUUAAACUCACUAAGUGAGGGUAGUUUAACAUUUUAACGAAAUUCCUGGCUUGCUAGUGAAAAAUGUAUUUAGUUUCCAGAUUUGUCGUGCUGUUGCAAAACCUGAUACGUCGGAAAUAUGAAGUUGAAUGGUGGAGGUUUCCAAUGAAAAAAUUAUGUUCAAAGUGCUUUUUUGCAGGUGCGAUAUUUUUGCCAAGCUCUGGUUGAGCUUAGUGAUCAAGACCGACGAUGAGCAAAAUUUCAUGUACAUUAUAUAUUUAUUAGUAGGAAGUAAAUGCUUGAUGAUAUUCAUGUUAAUGUGUCACUGUAGUUGUUGCGAAGGAGCUUAAUAUUUGAGGUUUAUAUUUUAUGUUGGAAAGUACCGUUAUAGGAACGUAUGUUCAUGAGUCAAAAUCAAGAUCAUUAAUGUCAAGGUUUACUGGAGAUAGAUUCUAGGUGCCCGAUUUACUGUAUAAUUUGAUGUUCUACUUUCUUUGAUGUAUUCUUUGAUGUUGACUCUGACAUGUUUAUAGGGCCCUUACUGAGUAAUAUGGAUGCUAAAGGCUAUCUCUACUUACUUCACUUUUAUAGUAUGUCGUGCUUCAUGCGUUCAACUCUUGGUGCUGGAGAAAAUUUUUAUUUUUUAAACUUUUAUUUCUAAGUUGGGCUAAGUUUUUUCUCAAACGAGAGAGGUGUUCGAAAAUGAUAGAUUAGGUUCUCUGAGGAGCAGAUUUUCUCCUAACGAAGCGCCUUCGUAAGUUCCGUCUUUGGACGGAAUUAUUGCUCUAUUUGAUCCCAAGUACCCUGUUCGCAUAUGUUCAAUUUGUAGAACAUUUGAAUUCACUUUAUAAAGCUAUAUAGAAUGUAUAUUGACUUACACUUGAAUGUUAAAUGAAAUACCCGCUCAUUGAACUAUUCCAUUACGUGUUUAAUAAUGUUUGAAUUGUUGCAUUGCUUGUAUGAAUCAAAAAUAUAUAUUAACUUCAAAAAUAUAUAUUAACUUCUACGGAUUUUGUAAAAGGUUCGGCGCCUCUUCAUUUAUCAAACUAGCCAAAAAAAAUGAAAUACCGUAUUUCUAAUUGGACGCUAAUACCGCGUCGAUGAUAAUCAAGAAUUAUUUUUCUUCCCUGCAUGGUUCUGAGUUACACGAUGUCUAAUUUGAAUGUAAGUCUAGUUUAAGACAUUAUGUGGAAGGUUUUGGCCUAAGAUCUUGCAGAAAUAUUACCAGGUUAUAAAUUUUUUUAAGUUAUAUCGAUGUGGUUGAGGCAUGACAUUAGAUGGAGAUAUGAUGUUGUUUACAAUUCUUGAUGAAACUGACAGUGCGAGAUCGUAUAGCUGUGUCUACAAUUUACGAUGUAGUCUGAGAAUAGUUCAAUGUCAAACUUUUCGAUGUAAUGCAAUUAAACAGAUACUCGGAGGCUGUUAUUGUCUACGUAGAUCUGGCGAAAAUGCAAGUAGACUCUUAUAUAUCGCUUGAUAGUAACUGAUAACACUGAAGCAUAAUAAUGAUUAUUGUAUCGUGGCUUUAAAUUCUUGGUCCAGGGAGUCAUAGAUGAAAACUUACAUAUUCAUACAAUGAAAUCAUGUUGGUCAAAAAGAGCAUAUUGGCUUAGAGCAACACUUGAUGCCCUAGUUGAUUUCUCUUGAAACACGUUGAGCGUAAUAAUUCUAGUUGAUAGUUUCUUAUUUUUUUCGCUAAUUUAGAGUGAGGUUCUAGUCCUUUGGAUGUAUAUAGUUUUAUUCUCGCAUGCUUUGCUCGUCUCUUGCGUAUGAUCCUUUCCUAGUGACAAACCAAAGUAUAAUUAUUUACGAACUGCUUAGCGAUUAUAUUUUGAAACGAAACGAAUUUCGUUGUAUAAUGAAUACGACGGAAAAUUGUAGCAUUCUGAUUAUCAUCUAAUUUAUAUGACGAAAUUGUUGAGGAAAUAUAGGGAAAUAUCUACGAGAGGAAAUGCUUUGGUUUGUCACACUUUUCAAGGUUCCUGAAAUUAUUUCCUUCUCUUUGUAGUUACGAUUUAUUUUAAAAAUAUUCUUGAUAGAGGUUGUGAUUUAUAAGCUCUUCUUGUAACACAUUAAUCUUUGCAAGUAUGAUAUAAGUUUAAUCAUAGAUUUAUUCUCGUUUGCUAUGUAGCUUUUGUAUGUCACUCUUUUUGUUUUCUGUGUGUCGCAUAUGCCGUGUUGACUGCCAACGGUCUUAGCACAUUUGGCUCCUAUUGCUUGCUUUUUUUUGGUUCCCUCACUUGAGGGUUUGGCUUAUGCUCUCGAAUUGUAGCUUUAAGAAUGUGAUACUAAAUUUUUAGUGCUGGAAAUCUUAUGAUUUUUCCGAAGAUAAAAAAUUCGAGAUUUUGUUUCCACCAUUUCCCAUAAAUUGUCAUUAACUCCAGUUGGAGAGUUGAUUAAAUAUUGAAUUUGGCUCCACGAACUUUGCAAAUGAAGCAUAACUGCUGUACUUUUUUUACAUGGACACUAGAGAUAUAUCAGUGUGCUUCUUAGUGUGCUUGUCGGACGGGCGAGAACUCCUUGGUCUGCUUGUCGGACGGGCGAGAACUCCUUGGUCUGCUUGUCGGACGGGCGAGAACUCCUUGGUCUGCUUGUCAGGUGGGCGAGAACUCCUUGGUCUUCUUGUCGGACGGGCGAGAACUCCUUGGUCUUCUUGUCGGACGGGCGAGAACUCGUUGGUCUGCUUGUCAGGUGGGCGAGAACUCCUUGGUCUGCUUGUCGGGCGGUCGAGAGAGAAGGAGCUGAAGCCAUGUCGAGUGUUCAAGAAUUAUCGGAAAGACAUGGCCGUCGAGAGGUGCUUUGGUUAAGUUGCUUCAAAUGAUAUAUUUUGUCGUGUGUGGCGCUAGAAAAGUACUAUCUCGAAUUCCACAAUACUGAAAAUGCUAAUAAUGCCAAUGAGGCAACAUGUUGCCUCAAAUGGCAACAUGAGGUCGUGCUGGUAGUUGAUGAAUAAUAUCGAUCUUAUCUCAGAUGUAAUGUUAUCAAUUUUAACAUACUAUGAACUAUAUCUUCAAGUUCAUCAUAUUUGCAGUUAGGAAAAAAAAACUAUCGGCAAUUGGUGUGCCGCUUUUCAGCGUCGUUAGUCCACUGCAGCAAGAUGUAUUUUGUCGCGUCUCAUGUUUGGACAUGUUGACGUGCCUCUCCUAGAGUUCUGCUUUCACUCGCUUUUCUUAAGUUAGUCUAUAGAUAUUAGAAUAGUAAUGCAGGAGUGCCUAUAAAUUUUUAUUAUAAGAAAUUUGUCCCUCAUGUUGCUUAUCGCUAAGUAAUUAGGAUUCUAUGCCAAAUCAGAGUUAACUUCCGACGAAGGGUACAAAAUUAUUGAAAGGCAAAUUGAUGCAGUGAGAUGCGGAAUUGGUACCUGAUAUUCUUAAGUAGGCCUUAGCGCUCCUUAGCUCGACCUAAUCUCUGAUUGAGCCAUUGAUAUGUCUUAGUUUGUUGUCAAAAUUUGAAUCUUCAAAAUCAUGCUUGCUUGCGCGUUUGUAGAAGUUGUCGCUUUUGUCUGGAAGAGUUAUCUCCGUAACGGAUCUAAUGCUAUUGACUUUGGAAUCUUCUCACAAACGUACAUGUUGCGAACUGACAGAAACGUUUAGACUCAAUACACAUCUGUGUUUGUGAGCCGUUUUGGAGCUCUACUCUCAAUUUGUGUCUGCUCUUCUUGUGAUGAUUUUCACUAUGCACCUCUACUGGGCGGGGUAGAUUGACGAUCUCGUGAAUUGGUUGUCUUAGGAUGAAUUCGGAGAUGAGUUAAAGUAGUAGUGUUAAUUACAACUAUGUGAAUGCUAGUUACGACUGGUGUUGACACUAGUUACUAGUGUUUGCCUGAUGAGUCGUCGACCUGUAGACUCUUCAAGUGUAACCCACAUCGUGGAUACGCUAGAAUAACGUACAUAUUGAACCUAAACCGAGUUCCAAUCGCUGGUUCUUUACAGUUGUGUAGUUGAAGAAAAACUUAUAUAUAAAUAUAUAUCUUUGACAUGCAUAUUUUGUGUCGAGUUUUUUUCUAGUAGUCGAGUAGGUACCAUACUUAAUGUUAUCUUUCAUUGUAAUAUUACUUCAGUCUCUUAAUGGUUUCUUUGUACGUUUCUACACUCAUAAUAUUGCGUUUCGGGUAGAUGCGUGUGUGUGUUUCACGGUUUUGACGUUAGGUGCUUUUCACGUUGCUUUAGCGUUCUUUUAACUUCAAUCUGUAAACGUUUUAGAUUUUCACUCUCACGUUUAAUGAAUUAUUUGAAUAGACAAAUGAUUAGUAAAGAAAAUAGAUUUAUU